CACAUGAUGUGUCACACACAUGACCAGCGUUGCCAACUCGAAAUUCGUCAAGGUGGGAGAUAGGUUUCUACAAGCUGGAAGUUUCCAACAAACCCUACUAUGAAAAGUUGGUAGAUCUACCACCCAUACUUUUCAAGUCUUUUAGAGACCCUCCAAUAAGAAUCUGGCAUCCUUAAUUUACUUUUCGAUUGGAUAAGACAUAUUUGAACUAUUUUUAUUAGAAAUCCAAUGAUAAAACAGAAUUACAGGCCACUAAUAUUCAAAAUAUUAAUAGAAAAUAGUGAUAAUUGAAAAGAAUAAUAAAAAAUGUGUGCGUGUACUAGUGUACACACGUAAGAAGUGAAACUUAUUUAUGGCCUUAUUUUUCGAAAAAUGAUCUACAUGCAACUUUCUAGAAAUUGGUUAAAUAAAGUUAAAUUAGAUAAAGUUUAAACAAAAGGAUUUUAUUAUCAUAGACAUGAAUACAAAAAAGAUGGCGCGUAACGGAAAAAUGUGACGCGUAACCGAAAAACGUGACGGUAAAUUUUUUUCCAACGCCGAUAAGGAAGUUUCACUUCAAUAAUAAAAAAAAUGUUUCAUUAUUAUUUUCAUGGAGGUUUGAUUUGAACUUUUUGAAAACUUCAAAAGUUGGUAGAUUUUUGCUACAAAGUGGUAGGUUUGAUUACGACACUAAAAGUUGGUAGAGUUGGCAGCACUGCAUGUCACACAUCACAAAUUUCAUUAUACAAUUCUUCGCUUUGUUCGUCCAUUAUUUAGACACAGAAAAUGCAGCCCAUACUGCCAAAUAUUUUAUAACAUAAGUCGAAGUCAUGACUUUUGUAUGCGAUGUGAAUGAUCUUUGGACAUUAAAACAAAUUCAAAAUCAGAACGGAAUAAUAUGAAAUUAAUUAGGUAAGGUAAAGUAACAUUGUCGGUCUUGGAAAAAAUGAUGAGGGUGAAUGAACGUAUUAAAAAUCCAAGAAGCCACAUCAAGCGAUUUGGUUUGAUUUUCCCAGCUUGUGCAGCUUAUAGAUGCUAGUGAUUAAUAAGGGCUUAUAUUUAAACCUUACCUUACAUUUAAACCUUGAAAAAGAAACACUGAAUAUCAAAAUAGUUAUCUUCUAUAAUUAGACAAGUAAAUAGAACAUACUCUGCUUAUAGGUAAUUUUUAUAAAAGCCGAGUAGAUCUGAGAAACAAAAAUGAUAAUUAUGAUGUGGUUUUCAAUAAAAAGAUGCGAUGCGAUGCGAUUGCGAUUUAAAGACUAAAUAAAAUAGAUCAGAAUUUAUAGAAUAUAUUAAAUUAAAUGAAACGAGAUGAGGUAUCAUUAAAUAUUCUCAGUGAAAUGACGGUUAUUUAUUGACACAUUUUCAAUGGACUUUUUAGAAGAUCCCGACAAGCUACAUGGGAAAAACUGCGGCUUGAUUCAUUUCCCUAAUUAGUCUAUUUUUACAGAUGCUAAACAGUUAAUAAGCCGUCGUUAUUACACUAAUUAUGAAAAAUAAAAUAAUUCUCAUAUUGCCAGAAAAUUUCAGCAAUUUUUAUUUAUUUUGUUCUGUUAAUAUGUGUACACUCAACUUUUGUUCGGUCGUUGGUUUGUUCGCCUUCGUCAUCUUGACCAUAGACAAUAAGAAUCUUGAAUCUUGACAUCAGUGAACUCAAAAACAUUAAAUAGUUUUUUGUUCAGUGUUUAAUUGUGUAUCUUCGGACCAAAAGUUUUGAUUCUAAAAGUAAAUAAGAAUUAACAAAAUAAUGGGGGACGCGUGUCAAGCUUGUCUAACACGGGUGCCACAUGCAACCCUUAUCGCUACAAUAAUGUGUUGUCUAGGCGUGGGUGUGUUUUGUGGGACCAUGUACCGUGGAUCUGCACUCUCCAUCCUUAUGUUCGACGAAGUAUUCCACUUUCGAUUGAUUUGGAUUGAAGCCCUGCAGAUGAUAUUCAUUGUGGGAAGUGCAUGCAUGGCAGCACUAGGAUUUAUGUUACUUUGUCUAGGCUGUUUGACUACAGGUGCAACUCGCCAGAAAGUUUAUCGGGCGUGGAGAGCUCGGGUCGGUGGGAGAAUAUCGUGUGCCGUUUUUAUGAUCAUAACAUAUAUUUUGACCUUUGUUUGGAUAGUGUUGCUAGGAUUUCUAGUAAUAACAACAUUUUUGUUCACAAUAUUCUGGAAAUUAUGUUCAAAACCAGAAAAUAUUGUAUCAUCAACUUGUAUAGAUUUCACUCAAUUCGACUUCAUGUUUCCUUCAACGGUGAAGCAAGAAGACAUGAAAAUAUGCGAACCACACAAAAUAAAACUUUUUUGCAAAGAUUACGUUGAAAAAGCAGAAUUUAUGUUUAUCCUUGCAAUGGUGUCAUGUAUCUUAGUCAUAUUGAGUUUAGUGCAUUAUUUGAUGUGCUUAUCAGCUAAUUAUGCACAUAUCCGUGAUCAUGAAAAGUUCCAGGAACUUCAAGAGCUACAGUACUUGACCAACCCAGACUUGCAUGCCUCUAAAGACCGUUUCUAGUAUAUGGCCCGCGCACCAUUGCUGCGCUCACUAGAAGCUACCACAAAAAUGUGACACGGUUAAACAGAACCCAACAAUUAAAUUCAACAAGUGUUCAUUAUUCAGUGAACAAAAGACUGACUAUCAGUGAAUUAUGUGUAGAAAAUAAGAGAAAGAAAAAUGUAAACAUAUCACGGCUGAUAAAUAUAAAAAAUAAUAGUUUUAGUUUUGUAUUUUGUUACUUCUAACAUUCCUUUGGUUGUUUAAUUGAAUUUUUAUGAAUUUUUAUGAUUUUCCAUUCUAUUAUUGUUGUUUGUAUGGCAUAAGACAUAAAAUAUGUGUACUUAAUGUCUAUAUUAUCUAAUAUAGUUUAAAUUGAGUAUAUUGCAUUUUAUCAUAGAACUUAGUACAAAUAUUACUAGCUACAUUACUUAGUACAAUUUUUAUGGGCUCCGGUAACCAGUUAACACCAGGUGGGCUGUGAGCUCGUCCAACCACCUAAGCAAUAAAAAAACAAAUAACAGUAUAUUGAAUGGAAUGUAUUAUUAUUUAAGAUGAUCAAAAUUGUCAAUUCAACUUUAUAGUCUACUAUGUAUGUUGAGCAACAGUAGUUUAGACUGAACUGACUUCCCAUAGAUUAGACUGAACUGACUUCCCUCUAUUCUUUUUUAUGUCAAUUGAAAUAAACAUUAUAUCCAUAAGAUGGAGUAAACCUAUUAGCAGUUCAUUAACAUUGUAGAUUUCAUUUCAAUUUCAAAUUGCUGCUUUUGGGCCUGUAUCGUACUGUAUCAUACAGACCCAAAAGAUACAUACAGUAAACCUAUCACAAAAUAUGUAAAGGUGAUUUUAGAUGAUUGCCAUUAUAAUUUUAAUAACAGUUGUUCAGAUACUUCGUUAAUAAUGAUAAAAUUUUCAGAAGUACAAAAUAUUUUUAUAUCAACAGUCCACUAUGGUAAGGGAAUGUGUGUUAGAUUAUAAUAAUGUAGCGUUCUAGAUUUAAUAGUAUUAAAGUGAAAGUUUUCAUAAUUUGUUACUGCUGCAUUUUGAAUACGUAACUCAAUUUUUAAUCAAAUUUUAUCCCACCACAUAUUUUUCUAUUAAACCUUGCAAAUUUGCACAAUUUUUAUUAAUGUAUAAUAAUAAUUUAAGAAGCUUUUUUAUGCUUAUUUGUAAGUUCUACAGCUGUUUAUGGCAACUAAAAUUUUGUUACAUUUAUAUAAAUAAAAUAAGUUUAUCUAUUUUAUAUAUAAGUUUUUUCAAUGACUUGUUUCAACCCAGAAUAGCAUUACCUUUUUUUUUUUUUUAUUGCCUUUGUAGGCAAACGGGCAUACGGCCCACCUGAUGGUGAGUAGUUACCGUCGCCCAUGGACUUCAGCAAUGCCAGGAGCAGAGCCAAGCCGCUGCCUACCGUACCUCAUUGCCCUUUGUUAUUUCAAUUAUGUACUGUAAAUAAAUAUAAAGACAAUCAAAAUGAUUCGAAGUAAUCAAAGCAGACAAUAACAAAUGUUUAAAAUACCUAUGAUUCCAAAUGAUAAAUAAAAUUUGGGUCACUUUAUAUUAUAUUAUAUAAUUACUUAUUUACUGUGGCUUUUGUAAUUUGUACCAUGAGCAGCAUUAUGUAUGUUAUAGUUAAAAGUUAUCUGUAAUAAACAAUUGUAUACAAAUAA